AUGUUGCUUUCAGCUGCAGUUAGUUUUGUUUUGGCAGCAAGUCUUGUCGCUUGCUCCUCCUCCAUACACCUAGAUACGGUUACCAGUCAUCCAGCUUAUUUCAACCUAGACAAACAAGAUGUAACAUUUGAUCGUCAGUCUAAAAACAUCGUCAUUGCAAUCUCCAUAGGCGGUUCUUCUCAUGCGAAAUGGGUCUUGGAGAUUGGAAAAGAACUGGCUAGUCGUGGCCACAAUGUGACCUACGUGACAAGAGAUGACCACUUGCAUUUGGCAGACUCGUAUCCAGAGAUCAAGGCUGUAUCUGCUGGCAGGGCUAUUUAUCCAUCAGCCAUUACCGACGAUCUGCUGAACAAGCCUUUUUACGACAUUGCUAAAAUGGUGCGCAAGCUUUUAAACGGUGCUUACACCGAGGAAAUGAGGUUUUAUCGCCAACAUCUCCAUAAAAUGCCUGAUUUCUUUAUCUGUGACGCAUUCGACGAUCCUUGUAUCGAUACUGCUGUUCAAUUCAAAACACCAUUCGCAAUUACUUGCUCUGGCAUCCUCCAUCAGGACAUCAGCGUCCCUUACAUGAACGGUCUGGGAACGACAGAGCACGCUACAUCCGAGAACAUGACUUUAUGGCAACGAUUUCACCACAAAUACAUUGAUUUCCUAAAGACACUCUACUACCUCUACCCAGAACUCAAGGAAUUGGAUACACUUCGUCAGCAGUUUGGUAUUUCUGCAUUGGGGCUGAAUCGAUUCAAGCAAUGGGAUAAUGGGCUCAAGCUUAUCAACUCUUAUUUUGGAUUCACACCGCCACAGGUGCUAGGGCCAUUGACACACAUGGUGGGACCCGUCAUGACCUCGAAACAAAAGCCCUUGAGCCAUGAGGAACAAGCGUUUCUGGAUUCGCAUUCAAGAAUUGCCUACGUUGCAUUUGGCCAGUAUGUAAUGCCACGAAAACCGGAGAUUGAGCUAUUGAUGAGCUCUUUGCUGGAUCAGGUGGAGCGCAAACAACUGGAUGGCAUCAUUUGGGUGGGUCUCAAGGAACAAGUGGCCAAGUAUGAAUUCAAGAACCCCAAUACAAUAUGGAAAUUUACAACCACUGCUUCUACAUUUGAUUUGCCUGCGCCUUUAUUCAAGAACAACUUGUCGCAAGAUGUGUUUACGCCAUCAUGGGCUAAUCAGUUCUCUGUGUUGGAGCAUGCAUCAACAGCCUUGUUUGUCAGCCAUGGAGGAGCCACCAGUGCCAAUGAAGCGACUUUCCAUGGGGUGCCUCUGAUGGUGCAUCCUUUUGUGGGCGAUCAGCGACUUGUAGGCCGUGCUCUCACUGUGGCAGGUGUGGCUCGUGUGCACGAAAGAAGCGACUGUACAUUUGAUUUGCUGAAAACUCAACUCGACGAGCUCUUGUUUGACGCAGAUGGUUAUGUGGCUAGGAAUUUAACACGCAUGAAAAUUUUGGCUCAAUUUGGCCAUCGUAGAAAAUCAUACGCUGCUGAUCUGAUUGAGGAGCAUAUGUUUGUUGCUCAAGAUGGCAUCUCCUCCCACAGAUACGAGAGUUCAAGAAAUAUGUCCAAACUGAAGGCCAUGGAUCUUGAUCUGCACUUUGCUGUGGUUGCUCUCAUCGCCAUCACUGGGAUUACGUUUCAUUACAUGAUCAAUGCAUUUUGA